AUGGAAGCCGAGAUGGAUAUUCUCAUGGCCAUGCAUCUGGUCACUAAAGCUUGGAUGUUUGUGCCCCCGCACGAACUGAUCAACGCUUUCAUGAAAGCUGGGUUCAAAUUCACAUUGAUUCAGCCGGUGAUGGAACCACCAGAGGAUAAGUGCGGUCAUCGUAACCCGGGGCUAAAGACCGUUUAUGAGAUACACUAUUAG